UUUUCUGACAGAAUGUAUAGAGAUUAGACUGUGAAUGUCAUAGCGAGUAAAAAUUGGACUGGAAGUGUCGUAACGAUAUAGUAUCUCAAAAAAUCUCGAUUCUCUAAAACCCUCAAUUAUUUUUGAACGAGUUCUCAUCUCGGUCCGAUCACUAAUAACGAGUGUCACUAUAAAAAUUAAUUCAAUUUCUUAUAGCGUUAUUGUCCAAAAAUUAAUUAUGAAAUAAAAACUAAAUUUGAUGUGUUUAUGAUCUGUUUAUAUUUAAUUAUAGGCUGCAUUAUUGGUUUUCUUAUUGGCAGAAUUAUAGGCCAUUUUAUUAUUCCCAGUUCACAUUCUACUAUUAUUAAACAUGAGAAUAUUAGCCUUUCAAAUGCAAGUGUCGGAGGACAUUGA